UCGUGUUUAGCUACAAUGAAGUGCAUCGUACCGUCCUGUACCACGGAUUUUCACCAAAUUCCCGUAGGAAUCACGCAACAUCGGUUCCCUGUUGACGAAAUCCGCCAAGCUCAGUGGUUUGAAGCUAUUCUCGCGGCCGAAAACUGCCAUCCAAACGUCCUAUCAACGGUCAACUUUAAGCGUGAUCGAAUUUGUUCGAAGCAUUUUCACAUCGCAUUCUUCUAUAAAGUGAACGAUCAAAUAAGGUUGUACAAACAUGCAACGCCAUUCGCAGAACCGCAACGGAACAGACCCAACAGCGUCACCGAGGCAUCAGUAGCGGCUCGGGCAGUCCCACAUCCGUACAUCGCUGCCUGCAGACCAGGUGCGGUGAAUGCGGGGUCAGCAGCGACAGUUAACAAUCAACCAGUUAGCGGCGACCUUCCCGAAACCGAUGUUCCAAUCGCUGGGCUUUCGGUGGCAUUGCACGGCCGUCGAGGUCAACGAGUUCCCGCUAAAACUUUGCCUAACUCAGGCCACGUCGCCGUGUCCGGUGUCAGCUAUCGGAUUGCUGAUCCAUCCGUCCGUCCAGCUCAGCCGGUCAUCCACCAGAGAUUUAAUCCCUACGCUACCCGCGUCGUGCAUCCAGUGCCUCGUUCGGGCCGCGCCGCUAUCCCCGGUACAGGCAUUCGGGAUGCUGCCAUUGGCCAUGGGCCAUUGGUGCGGAUAAACGGCGACCCGGGUCAACAAGCGUUCUGUAACACCGUACUCGGAUUGGGUACUGUGAAUGACAUUCCGAACACACACAUCGGCCGUACAGGUCAA